UUUUGGGGAAGUUUAAGGCGCGGACGGAGGGAACGAGGGCGGUCCCUUUCCUACUGCUGGGAGCGCUCUCAGGAAGAGGGCAUGAACUGAAACAUCCUCCCUGCGAAAGAAGAGUCUCGACAAAUAGGUGCCCUAAGAGGGCUCUAAGUGGCUCGAAUAUAGUAGACGCUCCAAUAAAGAUAUUGAAUAAAUGGCAGUUAAUUCCUGUUCAUUAAGUGUUUCCUGUAUGGUGGGCCCUGUGCAUGUUACACGUGGGAUCUCCUUGGCGAUGUGGUGAGAAUUUUUGCAAUCCCCAUUUUAUAGAUGAGGAAACUGAGGCCCAGGGAGGUAAUGUCACAUCACUUCCCAAGAUCACAUGGCUGAGCAGCCUGAAAGGUAGAAUUCUAACCCAGGAUUCCCUACUUCUGGUCCACGUCUCUGUACUCCACACCUGUCUUGUGUGGGUCACAUUUGAAGAAAUGAGUAUUGUGGAAAGAACAGUUUUAAGACUCAGAGGGAUUUAACUUAGGAUUCUCAUCUUGCAAAUGAGGAAAUUAAGUCUCAAAGAGGUAAAACACCCAUACAGGAGAUUCUGGAUUUGAACUAGCCCUGCUAUGUCUGACUUGCUCUUCUCUCUGUAGGGCAUCAUGGUAGGAGGCUUAAAGAGGAAACGCUCAGAUUUGGAGGAGGAUGAGAAGUGGGACUGGGGUCCGGCAGGCCUCCGGAGCUACCAGCAAGCCCUGCUCCGCAUCUCCCUAGACAAGGUCCAGAGAAGCCUGGGCCCCCGAGCACCCAGCCUCCGCAGGCAUGUCCUCAUCCAGAACACGCUCCAGCAGCUCCAGGCCGCGCUGUGCCUGGCUCCGGCACCAGCUCUGCCCCCUGAGCCCCUCUUCCUGGGUGAGGAGGACUUCUCCCUGUCAGCCACCAUCGGCUCUAUUCUCAGGGAGCUGGAGACCUCCAUGGACGAGACGGAGACCCCUCAGAAUCCAGUGGCUCCCGUGAGCCCCCAGAAUGAAGUGCUACCCCAGCCGGAUCCAGUCUUCUUAGAAGCUCUAAGCUCCCAGUACCUGGGGGACUCUGGUCUGGAUGACUUCUUUCUGGACAUCGACACGUCCACAGUGGAGAAGGAGCCAGCACUGGCCGCACCGGAGCCUCCUCACAGCCUCUUCUGUGCCCCCGGGUCCUGGGAGUGGAAUGAACUAGAUCACAUCAUGGAAAUUAUUCUGGGCUCCUAAAACUGAUGAGCGGGCUCCUUCGUCAUCUCAGCCUCAGUGGGCUGGAUCCCUGGAUGCAACUGUGUGUGUGUGUGUGUGUGUGUGUGUGUGUGUGUGUGUGUGUGUGUGUGUUUUGGUGGAGGCUCUAAGCAGUGUCUGGCCUCCUUUCCUCCCAUUUCAGGGUUCCACAAACCGUCUUGCAUGUGUGUGUGUGUCUGGUAACCGCAGCCUUCUGUGAAGGUGGGUCCUCCUAAAUUAAUUUAUCUGUUCCAAAUGCCUUAAUGAGGCUCUGUUUCUGGGAGUCUGAUUUCCCACUUCCACAUUUCUUCUGCCUCUCC